AUGACUCCAGUCCGGUAUACUGGCUCCGAACCCGAAUCGUCGUUCACCGGACCCUCUGCAGUUUCAGGAGACGAACUCGCUGGUGUCGGAGGACUGCUUGACGGGAAAAUUUCCGGCGACUCUGCAGGAGUUGCGGAACUGGAAGGAAUGCUUCCGGGUGCCUCUGGAGUCGUAGCAGUGGCCGGAACUUCUGCUGGAGACUCGGCGGUAGGGGUCGAUGCUUCUGGAGGCGUCGCCGAAGGAGUCGAUGCUUCUGGAGACGUCGCCGGAGUGGCUGCCGGAGUUGCAGAUGGAGAUGCGGAUGGUGGAGUAGUGGAUUCGGGAGACGGAACCGGAGAAGACACUUGUGUAGUUGGACUCACAGCCGGAGUGGCACUCGGAGGCGUCACGGGAGAGGCUGUGGGCGGCGAAGAAGAUGGCGAUUCUGAUGGGGAUUGGACGGGACUAGCCGCAGGUGGUGACACUGGAGACUUGACCGGAGAUGCCGACUCUGGAGUCUUGGCUGGAGAUGCCGACUCUGGAGACUUGGCCGGUGGAGUCGAUGCCGGCGAUGGUGACGUCGGCGACUUAGGAGACGGUGCCGGAGCAUUGGCUCCAUGUACGACGCCGGCACCCGACACACACAACACCAACAGAGCAACUACAACGAGACGAAACAUUUUCGUGUAG